AUGUCCCAGAAUCGCGCCGCUUGGAUCGUUGCUGCCAGAUCGAACCCUUUUUUAGUGGGCAAAGCUCCGAUGUACAAACCCGGCCCAGGCGAAAUUCUCAUCAAGAAUCAUGCUGUUGCUGUGAAUCCUGUGGAUUGGAAGAUUCAGGAUUCCGGUCGCUUUUUGAGCAAUUAUCCAUUUAUCCUGGGAAGAGACGCAGCAGGGACAGUGGAAGAGGUGGGCGAAGGUGUCACUCGUUUUCACAAGGGACAACGCGUUAUUGCCCAUCUCCAUAGCCCCAACUCAGGCCGUUCCGCCAACGCAGCUUAUCAACUCUUCCCUCUCGCCCUGGAACGACUGGCAGCACCUCUUCCUUCGGAGCUAAGCUUCGAACAAGGCGCUGUCUUGCCAUUGGCAAUCUCCACCGCAGCUGCCGGUCUAUACCUCCCAGAGUACCUUGGCCUUCCAUUGCCAUUGACUGUGCCGCAACCCAUAGGCAAGACAGUAUUGAUAUGGGGUGGUUCUUCUUCUGUGGGCGCAACGGCCAUUCAGUUCGCAGUUGCCUCUGGCUUGGAAGUUAUUACUACGGCCUCUUCGUCGAACCAUGCCUUUGUAAAAUCUCUCGGGGCUAAACAGGUGUUCGACUACAAGUCCACCUCAUUGGGCGAGGAUCUACUUGCGGUCUUGAAGUACUCGGAACUUGUUGGUAUCUACGACGCUAUUGGCGAUCUGAACAGUUUCACUCCACUGGCCGCUAUUACCGAAAGCUUGACGCAGACUGUCACCUCAGUUGCCGUGCAUCCUUGCGAGAAUCCAACUGACUGGUUUCGUCCUGCAUACGUCUCCUCCUAUGGGAUUGCGUAUCCCCCAAAUGAGCGAGUUGGCGAGGCUGUGUGGGAACAAUUUGUGCCAAAAGCGCUGGCCAGUGGUCAGCUAAAAACCAAACCUGAUCCAUUUGUUGUUGGACAUGGACUAGAAAAUGUCCAGCAUGGUCUUAACAUGCAGAAGGCUGGAGUUUCCGCUCAAAAGAUUGUAAUCACACUAUAA